GUUGAAAACAACCGUUAACGUGUUGCAAUCGGAAAUGUGGUGCGAAAUAAAUCGCGUUGCACGAGCUGUUGCGGUGGCAUUAUGCGUUUUUGUAGUAAAUACUUUAGCAGUGGCGAUGUCUCCGACGCCAUCGCCGCCACAGCAAUUGGAACUUGAUAACGAAAGUGUGUUACGAACGGAGACGUUGGCCGGGGUUCAACAACUGGUUGAGCAUAAUUUCCUUGUUGGUAUAGCCAGUUUGGGCGCAUUUUGAAAUCAUACUCAGUGUGGCCAAGAACUUGAAAUAAUGUUAAAUGCAAUGGCCAAACAUGAAGUUUGGGGAUUAAAAGUUUUGGACUCUUUUGGUUCAGCCCCAAAAACAUUUACUUGGGGAAACUAUUUUUGGUUUGGUACACCCGAUUUAUGCGCUGAUCUUAAUGAUCCAUUCACCAUCAGCUUAUCGCAUUCACAGCCACCAAUUUUCAAUGCCACCAGUCCGUUUCCAGUGCAAUUCUUUGUGGUGUAUUUAAAUUUUACCACACCCUAUUAUAUCGAUAUUAAAUUACCGUUCGAGAAUCUUAUUCAUCUGGGUUUAUGUUUGCCAAAAAGUUGUAGUGUCUCGAAAAUCAGUUUCUACACUGAUAUUUAUUUUCAAAAGGAAACUUUUCAAAUGCAACGUAAUUUUAAGUUGAAAAUGAAAGCUUUAGAUGCAAAAGCUGCUCAUUUUAGUUGGAAGUAUAUUAUUCAAACUGGCAGUAUUUUAUUUAUUACAAUACUCAUAACAACCACUCUGUUGACAAUAUUCGCCGAAGUUCUUUAUAAUUCCAAAAAUAAAAUAAAGUUUCAACAAACAUCGCACAUGAAAAGCCAACAGAAAUCACCAAUCCACGGCAUACCCACCACCACCAACAACAACAACCGCAAUCAUGAAGUACCAGUAAAUCAAUAUGACUUAAGCGAAAGUUCCAUAUGGGAAGAGCUUUUGAUGUGCUUUCGUUUUUCACUUAAUUAUAAAACCGUUAUGAGUUUAGAGAAUUCAAAUUCGAAUUCUAAAUUUUUAACUGCAAUGACGGGUUUUCGCACCAUCAUCUGUUUGUGGAUAACAGUAUUUCAUGUCUACUACUAUUCCCUGUUUGCCAUAUCGAAUACCCCCUUUAUCUUUGCCAAACUGGAGGCUUUUACUUUGCAGCCUGUUUUGCAGGCCUGUUUCUAUGUGGAUGUUUUCUUUAUAAUGAGUUCUUUUCUUUUAGUUAAUAAUUUCCUAUCAAAUGUCAAACUAUUACAACAGAUAAGGCGGCAAUCCUGUUGGGGAAAUUUAAAACUUUUUACUCGUUCUUUGUUGCAACGUUAUAUGCGUUUAACUCCUGUAAUGAUUGUUACAAUGCUGUUGAGUACCAUGACUUUGGAUUUUCUUAAUAUGUAUUCACCCUUUCGUUUAAGCGAAAAUAGUGGUUUCUAUUGUAAAACCAACUGGUGGUAUAAUCUCCUUUACAUACACAAUUUGCUGGACAUGAAUGAUAUUUGUUGCUCGUGGACCUGGUAUUUAGCAUGUGAAAUGCAAUAUUUUAUUUUAUUCACUGGAUUGUUGUUUGUGUAUGUUAAAAAGCCAAUUGCAGCCAAAAUAGUAUUUGUCACAUUAGCACUGGGAUUUGUGGUCAUCGGUUGGAUGUGUAAUUUUGGCAAUGGAAUAACAUUUGAAAUCGAUGUCAUCUACAGUACACUCAAUCAGUUGUAUGUCAAGCCGUGGGUUCGCAUACCACCUUAUUUAGGUGGUGCAACAAUGGGUUGGUUAAUGCACACACUGCAACAGAAACGCCAUCAACAACAACAACAACCACACCAACAUCAUCACCAAAAAGAACAACUGCAACAAACAGAGCAUCAAGUCGAACAACAACAGCAACAACAUGUCAGUGUAAUGGCAGAGACUCAUCAUCCACAGCUCCAUCACCAGCAUCUGCAUCAUCGUCAUCAUCACCAUGCAAAUCAGCAUGAACAUAAAGAACAUGUUCGCACAUUCGGUCGUAAAGCAUUUUGGCUUUUUUGCAUUGUCCUCUAUGUGACAACGAAUUUUAUGAGUUACUGGCGCUCUACGCCCUCUUGGGUGGUGGCGACAAUUAUGUCCAUGGGUAAAUUGCUUUUCGCACUUUGCAUCGGUGGUGUCAUCAUCAUGUGCGCUUGUGGUCGCGGUGGCUGUCUCAAUGUAUUGCUGAGUGCGCGACCGUUUUUAUUUUUGAAUAAAUUCUGUUUCAGCAUUUAUAUGCUGGCUCCCGUCGUUGUUGUGGCCAUGUUUGGUUUACGCAACGAACCCACCAACUUUACCGAAGUCGGUUCGGGAGCCGAUUUUUUCACCGUCAUCGUUUUGUCCAUAAUGUCAGCAUUUUUAAUGUUGAUUUUAAUUGAGUUGCCAACGCAAAGAAUUGCAAAUCGUCUACUUAAACAAAAGAAUUCGUAAAUGGAGGGAGAAAUCAAUUUCUUUAUAAAUUUAAUAGGGGGGAUUUAAUCAUCAAAAUAAGUGCAUGUGUGCAUGUGUGUCGUCUCUGCAGUAAAUGGCCAAAAAAAUAAGAUUUUCUAAUGAUUGAGGAACAUUUUUAUAUAAAGUGUUAUUUUAAUUUUAUGGCAAUGGGGAAUUUAUAUUGAAAUUUACAAAAUUGUGUAAAUGUUUCUUAGAAAUGGAUGAACCAUGUUACACAUUUAGCGUUUUUUUAUGUAUUUAAUGUUUUUGAUAUGUAUUUUUAAUAAAUAUUUGUUU